AUGUCCAACUCUCUCGAGCAGCUCAAGGCCAGCGGCACUGUUGUCGUCUGCGACUCUGGUGACUUUGCCACCAUUGACAAGUACAAGCCCCAGGAUGCCACCACCAACCCUUCGCUCAUCCUCGCCGCUUCCAAGAAGGCCGAGUAUGCUAAGCUGAUUGACGAUGCCAUUGCCUACGCCAAGAAGCAGGGUGGCGAUGCCGACGCCCAGGUCGACCUCGCUCUUGACCGUCUCCUGGUCGAAUUUGGCCAGAAGAUUCUCGACAUCAUUCCCGGCCGCGUCUCUACCGAGGUUGACGCCAAGCUGUCUUUUGACACCAAGGGCUCUGUCGACAAGGCUCUCCACAUCAUUGACCUCUACAAGCAGCAGGGCAUCUCCAAGGACCGUGUCCUGAUCAAGAUCGCUUCCACCUGGGAGGGCAUCAAGGCCGCUGAGAUUCUCCAGCGCGACCACGGCAUCAACUGCAACCUGACUCUGCUGUUCUCCCUGCCCCAGGCCAUCGCCGCUGCCGAGGCCAACGCUUUCCUCAUCUCCCCCUUUGUCGGCCGUAUCCUCGACUGGUACAAGGCUUCCACCAAGCAGGAGUACACCAAGGAGAACGACCCCGGCGUGUCGUCUGUCAAGGCCAUCUUCAACUACUACAAGAAGUUUGGCUACAAGACCAUUGUCAUGGGCGCCUCUUUCCGUAACACUGGCGAGAUCACUGAGCUUGCUGGCUGUGACUACCUGACCAUCUCUCCUAAUCUGCUGGAGGAACUCCUCAACGGCACCGACGCCGUCCCCAAGAAGCUCGAUUCCGCUGCCGCCUCUUCCCAGAGCAUUGAGCGCAAGACCUACAUCAACGACGAGCCUACCUUCCGCUUCGCCUUCAACGAGGAGCAGAUGGCCGUCGAGAAGCUCCGCGAGGGUAUCAGCAAGUUCGCUGCUGACGCCGAGACUCUCAAGAAGACUCUCAAAGAGAAGCUCUCUGCUUAA